UCCACGCACUCACGUCCCCCGGCGCCCGUCCUCUCUGCGGCGUGAAGCAGCGGGUCUGGAGCAACGACGCCAACACUGGAGCUAUAAAUACGAACAACGGGGGCUCCCGUAGAAAACGCCGCAGCAACCGGACCAGAGAGCGCAGUGACCUCUCUCGCUCCAUCUCUCUCUGGAACUACUUGUAAAUUUAUAUCCCCCCUAAAAAGGACCACUGCCGCCGCAUAUCUGCCACAGAAAAAAAAUCCUCUCAAAAAUGGUGCAAAAUAAGAUCACCGAAGUCACAGAAUUCCACCGCUCCUUCAAGGGCCAAAAUCCCUCUGAAUCUGACGACCUGAUGGAUUCGGCAUUUAAUUUUGAUUCCGACCCGAGACAUGACAUGCCCUCCAGCCAGCCUAUUGACAUCCCUGAUGCCAAGAAGAGAAUCAAGAAGAAAAAGCGUUGCCGGGCAACUGACAGUUUCUCUGGACGAUUCGAGGAUGUCUACAGGCUACAUGAGGAGGUGCUUGGAGAGGGGGCUUAUGCCAUAGUGCAAACGUGCUUCAACCUCAUCACCAACAAAGAGUAUGCGGUCAAGAUCAUCGAGAAGAGACCCGGCCACAGCCGCAGCCGCGUGUUCCGGGAGGUGGAGAUGCUCUACCAGUGCCAGGGCCACAGCAACAUCCUGGAGCUGGUGGAGUUCUUCGAAGAGGAAGACAAAUUCUACCUGGUGUUUGAAAAGCUCCGAGGAGGCUCCAUCUUGGCGCACAUUCACCGGAGACGGCACUUCAGCGAGCAGGAAGCCGGGGGCGUCGUGCAGGACAUCGCCAGCGCGCUCGAUUUCCUGCAUAACAAGGGCAUGGCGCACAGAGACCUGAAGCCUGAGAACAUUCUCUGCAAGAGUGCAGACAAGAUUUCUCCGGUGAAGAUCUGUGACUUCGACCUGGGCAGCGGGAUCAAGCUGAACAGCGACAGCUCGCCCAUCUCCACCCCGGAGCUGCUCACGCCGUGCGGCUCGGCAGAGUACAUGGCGCCCGAGGUGGUGGAGGCCUUCAGCGAGGAGGCCACGAUCUACGACAAGCGCUGUGACCUCUGGAGCCUGGGGGUCAUCCUCUACAUCAUGCUGAGCGGCUACCCGCCAUUCGUGGGCCGCUGCGGGGGCGGCUGUGGCUGGGAGCUGGGGGAGCCCUGCCACACCUGCCAGAACACGCUGUUCGAGAGCAUCCAGGAGGGGAAGUACUCGUUCCCGGAGAAGGACUGGGCUCACAUCUCCUCCAGCGCCAAAGACCUCAUCUCCAGACUUCUGGUUCGGGACGCCAAGAAGCGGCUGAGCGCCCGACAGGUGCUGCAGCACACCUGGGUCCAGGGGGGAGCUUCUGACGCGCUGUCCACCUCCAUCCUGCACCAGAGGACCGGCAGCGCCAGGGAUCUGACGUUCUUCGCCGGCAAGGCCAUGGCGGUGAACCGGCAGCUGGCGGAGCAGGACGGCAUCCAGGACCAGCGGCAGCAGGAAGUCCCGCUCGUGGUCGCGGCCGCCGGCUCCUCCGGGCGCCUCUCCCUGCUCUCCGCAUCGCGGCUGGCCCGGCGCCGGCAGCACGGCGGCAGCCAGCGGGCCGAGGGCGCCGUGUCCGCCGCCGAGCUGCGCCAGCUGCUGGCCCCGCUGGUCAUCGUGGGGGACUGCGCCUGAAACCGCCGAGCGCCCCCACCGCCCGGUUAAGAUCCAGGAUGACUCGCCCCGCCCCCUCCCGCUGGCCCGGGCUCCUCGGGGAGAUGCUGCUCGCCCCCCUUCCUCUAAAAUGCCUUCUGCCCCGCUGCAGCUCUUCUGAAGCACAGCCGCCCGAGGUCGUUCCGCAUAGCAACUCACGGGGGGGGGGGGGGAGGGGGAGGCCAAUUUAUCUUUAUUUUUGGGGGGGAUAAAUGUUAAUUUGUUUUCUUCAUAAAACUCAGUUUCUGCUUUUUCUUGUAAACUGAGUUCAGAACCAAAGGCCAACUGGACCCACUGUGAAUCAAGUCAUCUGGAAUGUCUCCUGAGUGUGGAUGCAACGACCCAUCUGCACAUCGGUACACGCUUAUGCAAAAUGAAGAUGAACCUGCCCGUCUCUCCCUAGGGGGUGAGGGUCGGGGGAGGGGCUGUGAGCCGGUGCGGUCCAUUAACAUGGCUGGGGACUCCGGAGCUUCACCCCCCCACACUGAGGAGCCUCUUCUGGAUAUCAGAGACACUCGUCCAGCUUGGUGACGGCGCCGUAAUGCUCUGAGAGCCGGUGGUGUCGGUACCAGCCGGCCAGCAUCACUACGUCACAUGACCACGCGCCAAAUCAGCUGCUCGUCGGUCCAGUUGGAUGUGAGGUGAACCGGGUCUUGUUUUCAUGUGAAGAGCUGGUGAGUUUCCCUCGAGCCAAACGGAACCUUUAGUUCUCUUUUUCUGUCUCCACACUUUAUUUGAUGUGUUGACCUUUUGAUGAAGGUUGAAACUCCUCCUUCUUUUUAGUGUUCCGAAGGGAACAUGCCGCGUCGGCCAUCGCCCCAAAUAUUCUGUGUUUUUGUUUUUGACGCACUUCAAAAUAUUAAAUUCUCAUGAAAACGACGCAGUUGCGAUUUUUCUAAGAAAUAACCUAAAGGAAGAAACAUUCCACAACGACGAACGUCUUCCACAUGCAGCUCACUCUGGUCAGGGCUCCGUCAUCGUGCCACACCAUUCAAGUUCUAUGGUCGUUAAUACGCGAUAUAUAUAUAUAUUCUUUGUUUUCCGUGUCGAGCUGUUUUCCCUCUGUGGUUUUUGGGAGGAGUUGUUUUCUCUGGAGCGCCGCGGUGAAGCAGAUCUCCGUUGUUGUUGUUUUGGGUUCUGCUUGGCCUCGUGGUGCCGGCCCGGUUCACAAAGAGCUUCAGGACUCUGGGCCUCCGGGCCUCGUCUCUCAUUCUGCUGACGGAGACGCGUUUGGGGCUUUAUGUCUUAUAAUAAGACUUUAUUUUGUGUAAGCGGCCGUUUCUCAAGCGGCGUGAAGCUGGCGAGGCGGUUUGUGGGUCUUGAUGUAGUUUUCUCCCCGCUCUUCCAUUUCCUGAGGAGUUCUCCUGACCGUCUCCACUCGGCAUGGCGGUAGCUUUUUGGACUCCUUUUAUUGGCGGGGGGGGGAGAAAGUUAUAUCAUCAAACGCCUUCUUUGAUUUUUAUAUUCUCCGUCCUUUUUUUUGAAGGCAGUGUUCAAAUCCCCGGCGUCGACCUCCUGACCCGAAUGUACCGACCAGCAGAUCAAAUGUUUCUACGUGCUUCAUGAACACUGUUGUGGGAGUAUUCUUUAUUUUCGUUUUUGUGACACUUGUCUGACCCCUCCCCCCCAAGCCCAUUUAAAAACAAAUACAUUACUUUAAAUACAAAAGAAACCCUAUUUUUGAUUUAAGAUAAGCACUUUACUGCAGCGGCUCGCCUCACUUCGGGACUCGCUGCAGGAUUUUGUAUGUUUUCUACAAAACAAAUGCAAUAAAAUGCUUUUGAACUACA